AUGCUCAAUACCGCAGAUGUUCAAAUGCACUGUGAGAAAAACACAAUCAAUUUAGAAGAGAAUAAAGAUAGCUACAAUGUAGUCCAGGAUUAUGUGGAUCACGAUUGUAAAGAAAACAGAGAGGUUCCACAACAGACGUCGGGCUCUCAAAAUCUGAUGUCUCAAAAGACCAAUAGUGAAACGAAGGACAUGAUGACCACAAACAGUGGUGAAUCUUCCGAUGAUUCUGACUCAUCAGAUUCGUCUGAUGAAGAAAGUUCAAGUUCUGAUGAAAAAAGUUCAAGUUCAAGUUCUGAUGAAGAAAGUUCAACUUCAAGUUCUGAUGAAGAAAGUUCAACUUCAAGUUCUGAUGAAGAAAGUUCAAGUUCUGAUGAUACAUCAUCAGAUAGUGACAGUGACGAGGAUGAACGUAAUUCAGUUUACCCUGCAUCAAGUGGAAUUCAUAACAAUUCUCAGCAGACUGUGAAUGGUUCUGAUAAUCCACAUGUUUUUAAAUUAUUUGACAGACUGACGCCCUUAAAUGAGUUGUUCAGUAGAAUGCUGAGUAGUCAGAAUAGAAGAACGGACACAUCAAAGACGGAUGUUUCUAAAGUUUCAAAAACUUCAGUGAGUAGCAAACAGACAGGUAAAGGAAAAGAUUCCAAAGCAAACGAUGCUACAGCAAAAAUAGUCUCAGAUAAACGUCAUACUAUCAGUGACAAAGACAAACCAGUUUCUAAAGUUUCAAAAACUUCAGCCAGUCACACACAGACAGGUAAAGCAAAAGAUUCCAAGGCAAAGGAUACUACAGCAAAAAUAGUAUCAGAUAAAAGUGAUACUAUCAGUGACAAAGACAAUCCAGUUUCUAAAGUUUCAAAAACUUCAGCCAGUCACACACAGAGAGAUUUGUAUCUCCCGAAUAACGUUUUAAAAACGAAGUCGGCCGCCAGAUCACCGGUCGAUUUUCACGCCCGCGGGGUUCGGGCGACCCCUAAAAAUCGCAGCGGAGCCCGUAGAAAUCUGGCAGCGUCCUUUUUGGCCUGUUUUAGGAGUCGCGCGGGCGCCGCGACCAAUAUGUAA